CAGAGCAGGUCGGAGAGGAGAGGAGAGAUUCCAGGAGGACCCACAGCAAUGAGACAGGACGUGCCAAAGCCCUCAGAAGCAGCUCAACGCUGCUCUGGCCUGGCCAGGCGGAUACUCACCAUCAUCUUCGCCCUGCUCAUCCUGGGCCUCAUGACCUGGGCCUAUGCUGCAGGUGUACCGUUGGCUUCCGAUCCAUAUGGCCUCCUGGCCUUUGGCCUCUACGGAGCGUUCCUCAGUGCUCACCUAGUGGCACAGAGCCUCUUCGCUUACCUGGAGCACCGGAGGGUGGCGGUGGCUGCGCGGCGGGCCAGGGCGAAAGGACCCCUGGAUGCCGCCACUGCACGCAGCGUGGCGCUCACCAUCUCCGCCUACCAGGAGGACCCCGCCUACCUGCGCCAGUGCUUGACCUCGGCGCGAGCCCUGCUUUACCCGCGCUCGCGACUGCGAGUCCUUAUGGUGGUAGACGGCAACCGUGCCGAGGACCUGUACAUGGUGGACAUGUUCCGAGAAGUCUUCGCAGAUGAGGACCCUGCAACCUACGUGUGGGAUGGCAACUACCAUCAGCCCUGGGAGCCGGCGGAGGCGGAGAGCACAGUGGGUGAGGGCGUCUACCGUGAGGUGGAGGCAGAGGAUCCUGGGCGGCUGAUGGUGGAAGCCUUGGUGAGGACGCGCAGGUGCGUGUGCGUGGCACAGCGCUGGGGCGGCAAGCGCGAGGUCAUGUACACGGCUUUCAAGGCACUGGGCGACUCCGUGGACUACGUGCAGGUAUGUGACUCAGACACAAGGUUAGACCCCAUGGCACUAUUGGAGCUUGUGCAAGUGUUGGAUGAAGACCCCCGGGUAGGGGCUGUUGGAGGAGAUGUGAGGAUCCUUAAUCCUCUGGACUCCUGGGUCAGCUUCUUGAGCAGCCUGCGAUACUGGGUAGCCUUCAAUGUGGAGAGAGCUUGUCAGAGCUACUUCCACUGUGUGUCCUGUAUCAGUGGUCCUCUGGGUCUGUACAGGAAUAACCUCUUGCAGCAAUUCCUGGAGGCCUGGUACAACCAGAAGUUUCUGGGCACGCACUGCACUUUUGGGGACGACAGGCACCUCACCAACCGCAUGCUUAGCAUGGGCUAUGCUACCAAGUAUACCUCCCGCUCCAGAUGCUACUCAGAGACACCCUCCUCCUUCCUGCGCUGGCUGAGCCAGCAGACCCGCUGGUCCAAGUCUUACUUCCGAGAGUGGCUAUACAAUGCCCUGUGGUGGCACCGCCACCACGCGUGGAUGACCUAUGAGGCGAUAGUCUCAGGCCUGUUUCCUUUCUUCGUGGCUGCCACCGUGCUACGGCUCUUCUAUGCUGGGCGCCCGUGGGCUCUGCUCUGGGUGCUGCUGUGUGUGCAGGGCGUGGCUCUGGCCAAAGCGGCCUUUGCAGCCUGGCUGCGUGGCUGCCUCCGCAUGGUGCUGCUGUCACUCUAUGCACCGCUCUACAUGUGUGGCCUCCUGCCUGCCAAGUUCCUGGCGUUGGUCACCAUGAAUCAAAGUGGCUGGGGCACCUCGGGCCGGAAGAAGCUGGCUGCUAACUAUGUCCCGCUGCUGCCCCUGGCACUCUGGGCUGUACUGCUGCUUGGAGGCCUGGCCCGAAGUGUGGCCCAGGAGGCCAGAGCUGACUGGAGCGGCCCAUCCAGGGCAGCCGAGGCCUACCACCUCGCUGCUGGGGCAAGCGCCUAUGUGGCCUACUGGGUGGUAAUGCUGACUAUCUAUUGGGUGGCUGUGAGGAGGCUAUGCCGACGUCGGAGUGGUGGCUACCGUGUCCAGGUGUGAGACUAGCCAUGAAGAUGCCCACUGAAGGCUUGCUUAUAGGGGAAGCAAGAGGAGUCCUGCGGGAUAGCCCCCUGGAGUCAUGGAUUUCAUGGUGACUCCCUGGCCUCAGUUUACUUUCUCUUUGAAAUGAAGGAGUCAUCCAGGAUUCUUCAGUCUGGACUGUACUGGAACUCAGACUUGUGGGUCUCUGGGAAGGGGUAAUUUAUUGAUCAGGGUGUGGGUUUAUAGAACCAGGGCCAGAAGGUUCCCAGUUUCUUCCUGUUGCUAUUUAAUCUGUUUGUACUGUGAUUAAGAUAUAAUAAAUUUUUUAUUUAUUUUCCUCCAAGCGCCCUUUCCCAAUUUUUCUUGUCAAUGAGAAUAUGAAACACAGGGUCCAGUCUUGGGUGAUAGCUGUUUGAGCCUCCACUGGGCACUCUCUUUCCUGGGUUCUGUCUUCAGAAAAUACAGGUGUUGGAGGUGGGGAGAUGGCUCAAGAGUUAAGAGCACUGGCUUGUCUUCCAGAGGACCUGGUUUCAAUUUCCAGUGCCCACAUGGUGGCCCACAAACUCUGUAACGUCAAUUCCAGGGGACCCAACAUCUUUCUUCUGGCCUUCGUGGGUGUGGUGCACAAGCAUACAUACAGACAAAGCACCCAUAAA